CGUCCGGUCGCCGAGCCGUCCCCAACUCCCGCUCUCGGCGGCGGGCAGGGGGCGCUGCGCGUCCAGGCGCUCCGAGGGGGCGGGCCCGGGUCGGGGCGGGGCCGGCCGGGCUUCCAGGCCUGGGCUCUGGCCGCCCGCGCCACCGGGCCGCUCCGGGGACAGGCCGGGGCGGGGCGCGGCGGCAGGAAACGGGGCGGGGACUCGCGGAGGCGUUGGGGACGAGAGAGGGCGCGGCCAACUCCCGGGGGGACGGCAGGCCAAGAGCGCGGCGCCCGGGCCUGGCGCCGAGCCUGAGCCCGCCGGACGGGAGGCGGCCCCGCUGCGGGCUCGGCCCCGGCCCCAGCCCCGCCAGCAUGGCCGGCCGGACCGUAAGGGCCGAGACCCGGAGCCGGGCCAAGGAUGACAUCAAGAAGGUGAUGGCGACCAUCGAGAAGGUCCGGAGAUGGGAGAAGCGAUGGGUGACUGUGGGCGACACUUCCCUUCGUAUCUUCAAGUGGGUGCCAGUGGUGGACCCCCAGGAGGAGGAGCGAAGGCGGGCAGGUGGCGGGGCAGAGAGAUCCCGUGGCCGGGAACGUCGGGGCAGGGGUGCCAGUCCCCGAGGGGGUGGCCCUCUCAUCCUGCUGGAUCUUAAUGAUGAGAACAGCAACCAGAGUUUCCAUUCGGAAGGUUCCCUGCAAAAGGGCACAGAGCCCAGUCCUGGGGGCACCCCCCAGCCCAGCCGCCCCGUGUCACCUGCUGGACCCCCAGAAGGGGUCCCUGAGGAGGCUCAGCCCCCACGGCUGGGCCAAGAGAGAGAUCCCGGGGGCAUAACUGCUGGCAGCACCGAUGAACCCCCAAUGCUGACCAAGGAGGAGCCUGUUCCAGAACUGCUGGAAGCUGAGGAUUCGGGAGUGAGAAUGACGAGGAGAGCCCUCCACGAGAAGGGGCUGAAGACAGAGCCCCUCAGGAGGCUCCUGCCCAGGAGGGGCCUCCGGACAAAUGCCCGGCCCAGUUCCAUGGUGGUGCCGGACACCAGAGCUCCCGGGGGAGGCAGCAAGGCCCCAAGGGCACCCAGAACAAUCCCCCAGGGUAAGGGGAGGUGAGUGGGGUCCCCAAGCAAGCCAAGGCCCCUAAAGCCUCCCUUGGCUGCCCCAAGAUCCAGCCACUACCUGUGCCCCGAGGGCGGAAAGAGCUUCCCAGCUCACCCACCGCGGUAACAUCGGGGGCGAGCGGCCCUACACCUGCCCGAACCUAAGGCCACAGCACCCAUCUGGCUCGCCACUGGCGCCCGAAUGCAUGGGAAGGGCUUAGGGCAGAACUCGGAUCACAUCCAGCGCCUGAGGCCGCCUUGCUAGAGGCCCAGGGGAGAGGUGCACUGGGCUGCCUCACCCACCUCCUCAUGCACCCACGCGGCCACCCGCCCAGCGGUCUGAGUGUGCCAUGCGAGGCGCCUGCCACCCCGGGAGAGGCGCCGAGUCCCCAGUCCUGCCGGCACUGAGCCUCCAGGUCCACAGCGGGCAAGGGCCGUGGCGGGGACAGGCGCACGGGACCCGCCGGCCUCGCGCCUUCUGCAGCACCACGAGACGCCCACGUGGCGCCCGGACGUCCACGCAUGUGUUGAGGCCCGCGCACGCGCAGAGACCCCAGCGCGGAAGCCGCCCCGCACGCCAGGGCUUAUGUACGCCAGCGCUGGGGGACCUCCAGCGCCCGAGGACAUAGGGCAAAUGCUUCCACCAGGGUGUCAGCCUAGCAGGCCAACCUGGGAACCCACGUGGACAAGCGGCCUUUCAGCCCAGGCGCCCACCUUGUGCGGAGGCGUGGAGACUUCUGGCGCAGCCCUGAGCUGGUGGCCUAACCUACCUGGAAAAUCCUAGCCCGAGAAGCAGCACGAGUGAGCCUUUUGGGUGGUUCCAAGGCCCUUCACCAAGCUCUCACUUCCUGACUUCACCGUUGGGUCUGUUGUACUAGGAAAUAAUAAUGCCUCCCAUUUAUCAAGGG